GCCGAGCCAGCCAGCGCUCAAGACCACUGUAGCCCGACCCAUUGUGUGCGCCGCACCCCCCAAAGGUUUUGCAGACGAGCCCGCCGACGCCUUCUCUCGAUUUUCCUUUUCCUCUUCUUCCGCACCGCACCGUUCGACCUCCCGCAGCAUCGCCUCCGUCAACCGUCGCCAUGGCUGAACAAUUGAUCCUCAAGGGCACUCUCGAGGGCCACAAUGGCUGGGUCACCAGCUUGGCUACCUCCAUGGAGAACCCCAACAUGCUCCUGUCCGCUUCGCGUGACAAGACCCUCAUCAUCUGGAACCUCACUCGCGAUGAGACCCAGUACGGCUACCCCAAGCGAUCGCUGAAGGGCCACUCCCACAUCGUCUCGGACUGCGUCAUCUCCUCUGACGGCGCCUAUGCCCUGUCCGCCUCGUGGGACAAGACUCUCCGCCUCUGGGAGCUCGCCACCGGCACCACCACCCGCCGCUUUGUCGGCCACACCAACGACGUCCUGUCCGUCUCCUUCUCCGCCGACAACCGCCAGAUCGUCUCCGGCUCGCGCGACCGCACCAUCAAGCUGUGGAACACCCUCGGCGACUGCAAGUUCACCAUCACCGACAAGGGCCACACCGAGUGGGUUUCUUGCGUCCGCUUCAGCCCCAACCCCCAAAACCCCGUCAUUGUCUCCUCUGGCUGGGACAAGCUCGUCAAGGUCUGGGAGCUCUCCACCUGCAAGCUGCAGACCGACCACAUCGGCCACACCGGCUACAUCAACACCGUCACCAUCUCCCCCGAUGGCUCGCUUUGCGCCUCCGGUGGCAAGGACGGCACCACGAUGCUUUGGGAUCUUAACGAGUCCAAGCACCUGUACUCUCUCAACGCCAACGACGAGAUCCACGCCCUCGUCUUCUCUCCCAACCGGUACUGGCUCUGCGCCGCCACCGCCAGCAGCAUCAUCAUCUUCGACCUCGAGAAGAAGUCCAAGGUCGACGAGCUCAAGCCCGAGUUCACCUCGGUCGGCAAGAAGAGCCGGGAGCCCGAGUGCGUCUCCCUCGCCUGGUCCGCCGACGGCCAGACCCUCUUCGCUGGUUACACCGACAACAUCAUCCGCGCCUGGGGCGUCAUGUCGCGGGCAUAAACGCCUUCUUGGCUUUCUGCGCGCACGGAUCAGCGGUGUCACGGUAAUGGGCAGGCUGUGGUAGACGGGAGCGAGAGCAGCAGCAGCAGCAGCAGCAGUGGAUGAGCGGCGGGCCUCGAGAGGGGUUCGAGCUGUUGUGGAAGAUGGUAGAUCAUUGGUGGGGCGUCAUAUGGCUGGCUUCCUCGUUAGGUCUUUAUUGAUGCGAAGGACACGGGGGGCACAAAACACAUCUGACGAGGCAUGACGCAUUGCUGGCUAGGCAGCCUCUGAAGGCAAAAACUGGGCAUCAUGCUUUGUUCUUCCAAUAAAGAACUCGACAUUCACA